AUGCAAAAUGACAUGAGGGAGCAAAUGCUAGAGGCUCAGAAGAAUAUGAUGGCCGAGAUGGCUCAACUGCUGAGGGCUACCGAUAAAGGAAAGGCCCCUAUGGCUAUUACUGGAGAGGAUAGCAAGGAUCCUCCUCCGGGUUUUACCCCACUCCAUGUGCCAACACAUACUGAGGCACUUCCUAGGAGGCCAUCUGUCACGAUAAGGCCUCAGCAUGAGCCUGUCGAUACUGGAGUACCCAUGAACUUCCAAACUGAUUUAGGAUUCAAUGUGGGUGACAAUUCUGCCAAUCCAAUCAUUCCUGAUCUAGAUAUGGUGGAAAAGAAAGAUUUGAAAGCUGAAGCUGCAAGACAGUUGGAGGAACGCUGCAAAUGGCUGGAGGAAAAAUUCAAGACAUUGGAGAGUGCCGAGGGGCAACAUGGGAUUGAUGCCAAAGAUUUGAGUUUGGUCCCAGAUCUGGUGCUUCCCCAUAAGUUCAAAAUGUCGGAGUUCGAGAAGUAUAAUGGUACUACUUGCCCAAAGGCCCACAUUACGAUGUUUUGCAGACGCACGACGGGAUAUGUAAAUAAUGACCAGUUGCUGAUACACUACUUCCAAGAUAGUCUAGUUGGAGCAGCAGCCAAGUGGUACAAUCAAUUGAGCCGGGCCAGAAUAAGUUCAUGGAGGGAUCUUGCACGAGCCUUUAUGCAGCAGUACAAUCACGUGACUGGCAUGACUUCGAAUAGGAUCACGUUGCAAAACAUGGAGAAGAAGCCUAAUGAGAGCUUUAGGCAGUAUGCACAGAGAUGGAGAGAGAUUGCUAUGCAAGUUCAGCCACCGCUCCUUGAAAAAGAAACCACAAUGCUCUUCAUUAAUACUUUGAAGGCCCCAUUUAUCACCCAUAUGAUUGGGAAUACUACUAAAAGUUUUUUCGAUAUAGUAAUGGCGGGCGAGAUGAUUAAGAAUACCAUAAGAGGUGGCAAGAUUGAAGUUGGAGAAACUACCAAGAGGUCAGUUCCAAAGAAAAGGGAGAAUGAAGUAAACAGUACGAGCUCAUACAAUAGAGAUCACUCAAGGUCAAUAACUGUCAAUCAACCAAAGCCGUUGCAGCCCCCGUACCCCAAAUGGUAUGAUUCAAAUGCUCAAUUUGAUUACCAUGCGGGAGUAUCGGGGAAUUCAAUAGAAAACUGUAUUGCCUUCAAGAAGACAGUUGAAAGACUCCUCGAGAUGGGGAUUGUGAAGUUUGAUGAUACCCCUGGUUCAAAGAGCCCAUUACCAAAUCACAGUGAUAAGGGAGUAAAUGCAAAUGAUUAA